AGACAAGAAGCGUAAAGCAACUGGAGUGUGCAGUCAUUCAUAUCAUCCUCUUUCAUUUGCAUCUGCCCCCCAUGUGACCCCCCACCCCCUCGUCCCGCCACCGCCUCCGACCCCCCCUCGGGGGGCUAUAUAUACACAUAUAUGUAGAUUCAUGAUGCUGUCUCUGAGAGGAGAUCUCUGAUAAUCCGGGCCUCACUAGCGACUAAGAUUUUUUCACUUCCAUUAAUCAAGAACAGCUAAAAAAACAGAAAAAAGAAAAAACAACGAUAAUGAAAUGGGCUUCUCAUUUGUUUGUCAUGAGCGAGAAUAAAGAACUACGCGGAUGAUAUGAUCUUUGAUCAGGAUUAUUGUCUCCUAAUUCUGCAGUGGCUUUAUCUGCAGUUCUUGCAGUGAGAUUUGCUGCUGCGGAGAAGAUGGGGAAGAGGGCUUCUUUGUAUUUUGCUGUUUCUCUCGUUGCUGUCUCCAUCUUGUUGAACUCAAGUUUUGUGCUUUGCCACCCCAGAGAUCCUUUCAAGUCCAUCUUAGGUGAAGAAAAUAUGGGGUCAUGGAAGGAUCAAAUGUUGAGUUCUAAUGGCGAAGCUCCGGGGCCUGCCAAUGAUGUGAGCACACUUGUAUUGGCGGCGAACAGGACAAAGAGGCCUGACAUUCUGUCCAAGUUCCAUAAAUACAGAGGUGGAUGGGAUAUUGCCAACAAACAUUACUGGGCUUCUGUUGGAUUUACAGGCGCAGCAGCUUUUAGUCUUGCUAUUUUAUGGUUUAUUUCUUUCGGAGUGGCUCUUCUGGUGCACUACUCGUGCGGAUGGAAGAUAAACAUCACCGGCAAUGAAGCAAGCUGGUCUCUGAGGAUAUGCCUUUUACUUCUUAUUCUCUUUACCUCUGCUGCAGCCAUUGGGUGUAUUCUGCUUUCUGUGGGGCAAGUUGACUUUCAUGGGGAAGCAAUGCGUACUCUUAAUUACGUUGUAAAUCAAUCAGAGUACACCGUGGAGACACUUAGAAACGUCACUGAAUACUUAUCACUGGCAAAAACUGUCAGUGUGGCCCAGAUAUUCCUUCCAUCAGAUGUCGAGAGUGAUAUUGAUCGAUUGAAUGUAGACUUAAAUUCUGCAGCAAAUACAUUGGAGCUGAAGACUAAUGAAAACUCAAGCAAAAUACGUUCAGUCUUCAGCAAAGUGAAGUCUGCGCUGAUCACCAUUGCGGCAGUGAUGCUUAUUGUAUCUAUUUUAGGUCUUGUAUUGUCUAUCUUCGGCCAUCAGCACGUGAUACACAUAUUCAUUAUCAGUGGAUGGCUACUUGUUGCUGUUACUUUCAUCCUCUGUGGGGUUUUCAUUAUUCUGGACAACGCGAUUGCUGACACGUGUUUGGCCAUGGGAGAAUGGGUCGAGAAUCCUCAUGCAGAAACUGCCCUCAGCAACAUCUUGCCUUGCGUGGACCAGAGAACCACAAAUCAAACCCUUUACAAGAGCAAACAAGUUAUCAAUGAUAUUUCAAAUAUGGUGAAUGGAUUCGUGGGCUCGGUUGCCAACUCGAACCCUUCUCCCCAGGCUGGUUCGAGUUACUACAACCAAUCUGGUCCAGUCAUACCUCCUCUGUGCUACCCCUACGACGCCCAGCUACAGGAACGGAUAUGUUCAGCCGGAGAACUCUCCGUGGAAAAUGCUUCCUUGGUCUGGCAGAACUACACUUGCACGGUAUCUUCGUUCGGCCUCUGCACCAGUGUCGGGAGGCUGACUCCAGCCAUGUACACGGAGGUGGUGGCCGCAGUGAACGUGAGCUACGCCCUUGAGCACUAUGCUCCGCUUCUGCUGAAUCUUCAAAACUGCAACUUUGUGCGCGACGCCUUUCGCAACAUCACCUCGAGCUACUGCCCCCCUCUCGAGCACUAUCUCCGUGUUGUGAAUGCGGGGCUGGGGCUGAUCUCAGUCGGCGUGAUGCUCAGCCUCGCUCUGUGGAUACUCUACGCGAACCGCCCCCAAAGGGAGGAGGUGUUUGCCAAGUUAUCUUCACGAAUACGGCGUGGCUGCAGAAGCGGGAAUGGCGUAAAUUCUGCCGGCACGACGCCGCGGCGUGGAGUUUAAAUAUUUUAUAGUAAAAGUUGGGAUAUAGAACUAGUGUUGUUGUGUUAGGCCGAAUUUGGAAUGGGGCGAAGCGCCAUUUCAGGAUUUCGUGCUGAUAGCUGUGUUGUACCACUACAUAUGUGAAUUUUAUUCAUUUACUGAAAUCAAUACAUAUAUAUAUUUUUAUACUA